UAACUCUUAUCUUCAUGCCUCUUGGUUAUUAAACUAACAUCACAACGUAAAUCAGAUACACAAAGUUAAAGCGGUGUUAAUGUGGUAACGUCAGCUCCUCUGGGAACAGUCCUGUCUGCAGAGUCAACCUCCACCUGACAGCAGCUCGAGGAAACAUGGCGGCCCGAGUCCUUCAAAGAGUGGGCAAAGGCCUCAAACAGACGAAAAAUGGGCUUCAUACGAACGGGCAGGUCACGGUUCUCGUAAGGAGCCUCUCAGGUUUUGGUGAAGACAGCUGGAUCAAGUCUCUGUUUGUCAGAAAGGUCGACCCUCGAAAAGACGCUCACUCGCAUCUGCUCGCCAAGAAGGAAGACAACAAUCUGUACAAAAUACAAUUUCACAAUGUCAAGCCUGAGUGCCUUGAUGAUUACAACGAACUUUGUGCGGAAAUCUUGCCUACCAUUCAUGCUGACCCUGAAUACCCCUGUGAGCUGGUGGGCACCUGGAACACGUGGUACGGAGAGCAGGAUCAGGCUGUUCACCUGUGGAGAUAUCGGGGAGGAUACCCGGCUCUCACUGAAGUCAUGAGCAAACUCAGGCAGAAUAAGGAGUUUACAGACUACCGGAAGGAGCGGGGGAAGAUGCUGCUGUCUCGUAGGAACCAGCUGCUGCUGGAGUUCAGCUUCUGGAACGAGCCCGUCCCCCGCCCAGGACCCAACAUCUAUGAGCUCCGAUCGUACCAACUCAGGCCCGGGACGAUGAUCGAGUGGGGAAAUUACUGGGCGCGUGCCAUUGAGUUUCGCCAGCAGAACCAAGAGGCGGUGGGAGGCUUUUUCUCACAGAUUGGACGUCUGUACACAGUUCACCACUUAUGGGCUUACAAAGACCUUCAGUCCAGAGAAAACACCAGAAACUUGGCCUGGCAGCAUGACGGCUGGGAUGAGGUUGUUUAUUACACAGUCCCUCUUAUUCAAAACAUGGAGUCUAGAAUAAUGAUUCCCAUGAAGAAUUCUCCCUUGAAGUGAGCACAGACGCCGGGGGAGCCUCUCUACAGUCACUGAGUCGCACUUUGGAGAGUGUGACCAACCAUCAGAUGUUCAGUGCAUAACAUCAAUGUGUUGUUUAUUUUUCUUCUUUGUUUCGUUACUGUACUUUUCUGUGUGGGCCUAGAUGUCUUAAUUCUGAUUCAUUAUAGCGGUUUUUGUAGACCACAAUUAAUUGUACAUGCCCCUCCUCUUCACUGUCUCAAUUUUUUGUAGGGUCAAGAGCCUUAUUUUGACAUGAUGUUAUAAAAUCGUCACUGUCUAUGUGUUACCAAGAAGAUAUUAAACAUUUAGCAGUUCUAGUGCUGGUCACACGGGCUGAGAAUGUCAGACGGUCUUUCAGGAAAAUGACACCCAAGCCUAAUUGCACUAGCAUUAAUAACCAUUCAAACAAAACUGCCUCCAGUUUCACACAACACAAACAUUGCAUUGACACCCCAAUAUUAAUAUUAAUUCGGCAAGCUUCUUAUGUGUUACAGGUGAAAGUCAAUUUUUUAGGAGCAUGAUAUUUAUAAAUCAGUGUUCAAGAAUGGAAGCUGAUGAGAUCGAGGCCUUUAGUGCUACAUUCAGACUACCGUUUAUAUUCAGUAAAAGUACAACACCUAUUUGGAAAAGUGACAUAAUGUUUACAUGGCUUUGAUGCAGCCAACUGAAUAUGUUGUGUACCAAUUGUUUGUUUCAAAAAUAAGUUGGCCCACUUUGUGUCUCCUCUGUUAAACUGACCACAUCUCCUUCUGUUCUAACUUUAACAUCAGGACACUUCUGCCUCUUCCAAGAUGAUUCAAUGAUGAGAACAGGUUUUGAUGUGUGCGUAACUAAUCAUAUCUGAUCAAAUUGCUGUCCACUGACUGGUCUAAACUAAUUAAUGCCAACAGGGGGACUGUGUGCUCUAACUGAGAUUAAUGUUGUUUUUUAAAUGGUCAGAUUUUAAGUCUCCAGCUUGGUCAAUACUGUAUUUGUAAAUUAUGUGGGUUUUAUGAACUAUCUGAUGUUGAUGAACAGACCGAGAGGAAAUAAGUAAAACCCAACGUGGUGAAUGUGAAUUGCAGUGAUUUUAUGAGAUUAGUUGUACAUAAUGAAUUAAAAUUCUGAUGAAAAUUGACAAAAAAA